AUGGAAUUAGCAAAGGUCCCAUCACCAAUACCCAUCCAUUCAGAGGCACUGGAUAUUUCUUACAAUAGAAUCUCAAACGUAACGGUGGGAGAUUUCAGAAAUCUCUCAAACUUGAGAAAUAUUAACAUGUCAAAAAACGAAAUAUCAAUGAUAGAGGAUGGCGCUUUCAAGGACCUCAUUGACCUGGAAAGGCUCAGCUUGGAUACCAACAAGUUGACAAAUGUGACCAGAGGCUGGCUACAGGGACUAUUUAGCCUCUCAGUGCUACGGCUAGAUGACAAUCAAAUUGAGUACAUUGAGUACUCUGCUUUUGUUUCCCUUUUAAAUUUGACAAGUGUACAUCUGAGAAGAAAUCAACUCAGACACCUUGAGCAAGUCAAGUCCAUAUUUCACUUGCCGAAUUUAUUGGAGUUAUUCAUUGGACAAAACAAGUUCUGGGGUUUUGUGUCUCAUAACCUGUCGACAACACCUUUGCAAAUACAGAGGCUUGAUUUAUCUUCAAAUCCAUUAAAGAUAUUUCAGAUUACAAACAACAUCCUUCCAAACCUCAAUUACCUCAACCUCAUCAAUUGUGGUCGGCGCAAGAGACCUUUCCAAUGGAUAGUUCAGAACCAAAGUUUUUUGAACUCCACAGAGACACUCAAUGUGGGUGGACCUGAAACAUCUGAGGGGAUGAUAAAAAUCAUACAAUCUUUCAAUUCCUCCCUAAAGACACUCCAAAUUAAUCCCUUUAGCACACAACACUUUGAACAAUUUUUACAAAAGAUCUGCAUUCAUGUGCAAAAAUCGCUAUCUUUAAAACACAUUAAGAUCCCCUCAUUAAGUGACCACUUGUUUAAAUCAUGCCACCAAUUGCAGGAAAUACAAUUUGCCCACAAUAACAUAGCUAACAUCUCUUCAUUCGCAUUUGAAGGUCUAAAUCAACUGCAAGUUCUACACGUGCAGGAUAAUCUAAUUACUGUAUUGAACAAUAUUACAAAUGUUCUACCUAAUUUGAAACUACUUGAUAUGUCGUAUAACAGGAUAAGCCAUCUGGCCUGUUUUGACUUCAGCAAUAUAACUCGGUUAUACCUUUACCACAACUAUAUCAUAGAGAUAAAACCUUGCACUUUCAAUAAACUUACCAAAUUGGAAGUGUUAUUACUGGCUUCAAAUAAACUUUUAAGCCUUGAAAACAUUUUUAACAACAAUCUACCAAACUUGAAAGUGCUGGAUUUACAAGGAAAUAAGAUAAGUCGCCUCACCCAAGGGGUUUUCAAAGGGCUACAUUCUCUUAAAGACUUGAUUCUUACUGAUAAUCAGAUUUAUAGUAUUGCUACAAAUGCUUUCACAGGAUUGAAAAGUUUAAAAAGUCUUUUCUUGACAUUAAACAAGAUAUCAAAAAAAACACUGGAACAUCAAGGCUUGUUUCUUGGUAUGCCAAACCUAGAAGUCUUGGAUUUGGCUAGCAAUGUAAUAUCAUUUAGUAGCAAGAAACUUAUAUACCCACCAUUCACAACAUUAAAGUCACUAAAAACACUGUAUAUGAAUAGUCAGAGCAUUCAAAACCUGCCUUCAAAUCUGCUACAAGGCCUGAAUUUAUUAUCUCAUAUUUAUGGAGAAAAUCUCAACCUUCAACGUGUGCAUCCUGACACUUUCAAUCACACUCCCAACCUUACGUUCCUGGACCUCAGCAAGAACAAGUUCUCAAACGAAAAUUCUUUAUCUCCAAAGAUGUUUCAUCCAAUCCCUGGAUUAUCUGAACUCUAUAUAACACAAAACCAUCUUCCGUCAUUAGACUUUCUACUUGGUGCAAACCUGUCUCAGCUCACAGUUCUUAAAGCCUCUGAUAAUCAGCUACAGGGAAUUAACCAGACUUUAGCCAAGUCUCUUCCUCAACUGACCUACCUUGACCUACAAAAAAAUCCAUUUGUUUGUGACUGUAGCAAUGCAUGGUUCUUGGAUUGGGCCAAAAAUGACAACUACACUCAAGUGGUAUACUUGAAUAAGUACAAAUGUAGCUAUCCAUCAGGCCUGAAAGGCCAACCUCUGGAACAGUUCAACGUAGACUCCUGCAACGAGACCUUUGAAUUCAUUUACUUCCUCAGCAGCUUCUCCCUGGUGACUCUAACAAUGUUGGUCUCCUUCUUUUACAACUUUUUGCGAUGGCAGCUGGUCUACGCCUACUACCUUUUCUUAGCUUUCCUCUACGACAGCAAGAAACGGCAGAGGCAGCACCAGCAAGGCUUCCAGUAUGACGCCUUUGUGUCCUACAACUCCCAGGAUGAGUUAUGGGUCCUCAGAGAACUGCUACCCAAUCUGGAGGCCGACCAAGGAUGGAGGCUGUGUCUCCACCACCGAGACUUUGAGCCAGGCAAGCCUAUCAUCGACAACAUCGUGGACGGCAUAUACAGCAGCCGCAAGACCAUCUGCGUGAUCACACGCAGCUACCUGAGGAGCGAGUGGUGCUCCAGGGAGAUUCAGGUGGCCAGCUUCCGGCUGUUCGACGAGCAAAACGAUGUGCUGAUCCUGAUCUUCCUGGAGGAUAUCCCGACCCACCAGCUGUCUCCGUAUCACAGGAUGCGCAAACUGGUGAAGAAGCGCACCUAUCUCACCUGGCCCAAGCCUGGCAAGGACACCAGAGUCUUCUGGCAGAAACUACAAAUGGCUAUGAACACCAACAAAGGUGAAAACCCUAUUCUCUUGGGACAGGAGAAUUAGAUUCCCUUGCCUCGCCUUCCAUGCCCAUGUGCCAACUGCAAGACCGAAAUGCCAUGAAAUCUAUAUUGAAAUGUUUAUUGUAUAAUUAAAUGCAAUCUGUAUUGUUUAAGGUGAUUUUGUUGAUUUAGAAAUACAUGGUCAUAUGUUUUGAUAGCUAACUUCCAAUUAUUAACAAAAUAAAAUAACAAAAUAACAUUAAUUAACAAAAUUGCCAAUUAUAUUAUCAUCCUGUUUUUUUACAAAUCUGUUUGACUGACACGUACUGAAAAGUAAAUUGAUACACCUGCUAUCUGAGGGUUUUUUUUGUGGAGUUUUAUAUUUGACCUACAGUAUAUGGAAAUGAAUAUUGAUGCCAACAUUUGUGUAAGGUGUACCCAUAAUUGUCUCCUUAUUUGGGUAAACAUACAUUACUACUA